GGUAAGCGAAAAGCAGACUAGAGAGGCGCGGUGGAGAAAGGCUCUCUGAAGAUGGCGGGGGAUAGGUUUUGGUUGUGCGGGCCGGCAAGCCUGACGACAUCAGCCAGUGAGGACCGGGGGCCUGAGGGCCCCGGCCGGUGGGGACACGCUGUCCCGCCUAAUGCGGAGGAAAGGGCCAGCGGCGAGCCCAGCGCGCGCUAACCGCUGAGAGGCCUAGGGAAGGCCCGCCCAGCGCCGCCACGCCCGUUCUCAUUGGUGCCUCGUAUUUCCCCGCGGAUUGGCUACCUCUAAAACGGACUUGAGCCCUACUUCCGGUGAGGCUUCACAGGAAAGGCCGGAAGAGUGCGCUUGCGCGCGCGUCCCAAACUACGGGCGCUUCGGGGUGCAAUGCAUGGGGCAUCGCACUCUGUCCUCCGUCCCGGCCCUCUGGGCCUCCAUCCCCUGUCCACGCUCCGAGCUGCGCCUGGACUUGGUUCUAGCUUCUGGACAAUCCUUCCGGUGGAAGGAGCAAAACCCUGCGCACUGGAGUGGCGUGCUGGGAGACCAGGUAUGGACACUGACCCAGACCGAGGAGCAGCUCUACUGCACUGUGUACCGAGGGAAAAGGGGCCAGGCUGGCAGGCCCACACCAGGAGAGCUAAAGGCCCUGCGCCAGUACUUCCAGCUGGAUGUCAGCCUGGCUCAAUUGUAUCGCCAUUGGAGUUCCAAGGACCCCCACUUCCAAAAAGUAGCUCAGAAAUUCCAAGGUGUUCGACUCCUACAACAGGAUCCCAUCGAGUGCCUUUUCUCCUUCAUCUGUUCCUCCAACAACAACAUUGCUCGCAUCACUGGCAUGGUGGAGCGGCUCUGCCAAGCCUUCGGACCUCGGCUCAUCCAGCUUGAUGAUGUCACCUACCAUGGCUUCCCCAGCCUGCAGGCCCUGGCUGGGCCAGAGGUGGAGGCUAAGCUCAGGAAGCUGGGCCUUGGGUACCGUGCCCGCUAUGUGAAUGCCAGUGCCCGAGCCAUCCUUGAAGAACAGGGGGGGUUGCCCUGGCUGCAGCAGCUGCGCAAGGCCCCCUACGAAGAGGCCCACAAGGCCCUCUGCACCCUGCCUGGAGUGGGCACCAAGGUGGCCGACUGCAUCUGCUUGAUGGCCCUAGACAAGCCCCAGGCCGUGCCCGUGGAUGUCCACGUGUGGCAGAUUGCCCAACGUGACUACAAUUGGCACCCCACAACAACCCAAGGCAAGGGUCCAAGCCCCCAGGCCAACAAGGAACUAGGAAACUUUUUCCGGAGCUUGUGGGGACCUUAUGCUGGCUGGGCCCAAGCAGUGAGUAUACCUAGGCUUCCUCUCCUCCAGCCUAGACCCCAUAGGACUUCUCCCCAAGCCCUGACCCGCGGACUCUUCUACUGUCUCUGCCCUAGGUGACCCUAAAGGAUUCUCUACCCUCCAUCCCCAGCCCUGACUCUAGUGGAUUUGUGUUGCCCUGGGCCUGCUCCCCAGUAAUUCCCUUUCUCCCCACACUACCACCAGCCUACCAGCCCUAAACCCAGUGUACCCUGUCCCACAUAGACUCUCCCCCUGUCCCCAGGUGCUGUUCAGUGCUGACCUACGCCAGCCCGACCAAGAGCCUCCAGCAAAGCGUAGAAAGAGAUCCACAGGGCCCGAAGUCUA